AGCCUCGGUAUUAACGUCACUUCUGUGAACUACGCAUUUCCGCUGGUUUCAACACCGCGCCACCGUAAAGAGCAGCUGAUAAACAACGUCGUCUCAACGCUGAAAGUUCUUUGUUCGUCUUCGGCGUUAGCUACGAGCUCUUGCACCAUGAUGUCCGACAAGAUGAACAUGUCCCUGGACGACAUCAUCAAGCUGAACAAGAAAGGAGGCAGCGGGCGCGGAGGAGGAUCAUCCAGGCCGGGUGGAAGUUCAGGUCGGACCGGUGGUGGAUCAUCGAGGCCGGCGCGGAGUCGACAGAAUAACUUCAACCGCGAGAGAAACAACAGAACCACGCCGUACACCAGGCCCAGAGAGUUGCCAGACAAAUGGCAGCACGACAUGUUUGAGGAGCAUGCUGGUGGACGCAGAGGACCGAGUGCAGGAGCUGAAGCAAGUGUAGAAAGCAGCAGCAGCACCGGCAAGCUGCUGGUUUCCAAUCUGGACUUUGGUGUCUCUGACUCCGAUAUCAAAGAGUUGUUUGCAGAGUUUGGAGCGUUAAAGAAAGCAUCUGUGCACUAUGACCGGUCUGGCCGCAGCAAAGGCACUGCUGACGUUCACUUUGAACAUAAGGAUGACGCACUCAAAGCCAUGAAGCACUAUAAUGGUGUCCCACUUGAUGGUCGCCCAAUGAAAGUCCAGCAUAUCACCUCAGAGGCCGACACACAGCGUAGAUCUACACCAAGUUCAAAUGGAGGCUUUGACCGGAGCAGGCUUGGGCAGCCAAAGUUUGAAAGGAGGCAAGGUGGAGGUUUCAGAGGUCGGGGAAGAGGGGGAAGAGGAAGAGGAAAUGGAAACAGGCCCCAGCUUUCUGCUGAGGAGCUGGAUGCCCAGUUGGAUGCUUACAAUGCCAAGUUUCAGAUGGACACCAGUUAAAGCUUCAGAGGAGGAUCCUGCUGCAGUUUUUUUUUUCCCCCCCCCCCCACCCCCAUCUGGUUGCUCAAAUAUGAUGAAUCGGAUCUUAUUACACUUGUGUUUUGAAGCCAUUUUAUUGUAUGGACCAUUAUAUUCAGUCAGUUUUAACAUUUUCUGUAUUUUUGUAGCCAUGUUUUCUGGGGCAGUUAUGUUUUGAGGAUUUUUCUCCUAGACCACCAGCUCCUGUGCUCUUUCUAAAUGUAUGGACAAUUUCUUUACACUUGCAUCAUGAUUUUUUUUUUCUUCGCUUUUUUUUUUUUCAAAUCCCCUAAAUGGUUUGACAGUUCAAUGUUAAAUAUGUUGUUAUAGUCAUUUGGUACUGUAUACUUGACACAGGGACAUUUCAAAGGGUUUUGUACAUAAAUUAUAUUGAAUCAUCUUUUCUGGUGUUUUAUUUAGCAAUGCAACAGAAGAGUGCCAUUGUUCUUCACUGUGACAGUAUCUGUAUUUUAAAAAUGAAUGAAAUCCAAAUGUGACUAAAUCUGAA